AUGGAAGAUACAGUCGUUCCACUCUGGUUUAACGCAUUUCUAUAUCUACCCCAGGACCCAUCAGUUCGAAGUGGCUUUAUGGAAGUUCUCCCAGGAAUGUAUUCCAGCGCUGAACGCGGCUCCCAUCUUCAUCUCAGCACUCUUGCGGUUGGAUGUUUUACGCUUGCCGCUUGGACUGGUCAGGGUUCAUUAGUUCAAGCAUCAGAGCGAUAUUUCAUCAGGGCCUUGCCAAAGAUCCGAGAGGCCUUGCAACCAGGAGGCGGUUCCGAUGUCAAUACAACGCUGCUUUCAAUCAUUUUGCUUUCUAUAUAUGAGGAGAUGGUUGCUACAAAGGACUCUGAAUCCCCCAUGAGAGCUCACUUACGAGGAGCAAUCGCACUCAUCAAUGAGAAAGAUUCAAACCCCAUGGAGCAGACGCCGUCACAACAGGUUUUCCAUACAAUCGAGGCUCAGAUAAUCAAGAACUCUCGAUCCUUCACCAACCCUAUGAUCCCAACACCCAUUGUGUGGCCUUUACCACAUGCGCGGGGUCCAUUACCCAAAGUAGUACUGUCAUCAAUCGCUGCAGAGAUAGUACGACUACGACAAACCUGGGAACGCAUGCUAACCGAACCCCAAGACGAAACGAAAAUCAAAUCUAUACUCCGCAAAUCCAUCGAAAUCGACAUCAACCUCGUGUCAUGGACACACUGGCUUCCAGAGCGAUGGGUACCUACUGCAGCGACCAUAAUCCCGGAAGCCGUACGCAACGCCGGCAUGUACCUUAAUCGCUGCGACUGCUACGCCGAUAUGUGGAUAGCAGUGACGUGGAACACAUUCCGCGACUGUCGCAUUCUGGUGCAGAGAAUAAUGCUCAAAUGUCUUUCCAUGGCCGGCUCACUUGAUCCCGAUGGAAGGAGGGCAAUCGCCAUCACGCAAACUAUCCAUAAGCUUGCGGACGAUGUCUGCGCUUCUGUUCCAUAUUUUCUCGGAUCCCAGAUUGAAUCUGUGCGGAUGAAGCCUGGUUUGGUCACAUACCCGUGGUCAGAGACAAGGCCCGUUACGCAAACUCAUUUGAUGUCCGCGCCUCUCAUGGGGCCAUGGCAUCUCUUUCCGUUUCUGCGGAAUCUUGGUGACUCGGAGUUGGGAUUGCCUCCAACGCAAUAUCGGUGGAUACGGGAUCAGAUUCAUCGUUGUAUGGUCAUUUACUUCCAGAGGUAG